AUGUCCUUGUUGACCAGGAUUCUGUGCACACUAACAGUUGUUGGCAUAACGAUAGCUAUAACACAUGCAUCUCCUAUGGGUAAAUUCUUAUUCAUUAUUUAUAUAUAUGUACAUGUUUUAUAUAAUUGUAGAUAGAUCAGCUCUCAAGAAGGCUUCAGAUAAUCCACAAUGGGAAGACCUCGGUUGGGCCUGGGGAAAGCGGUCGGUGGCUGUGGAAUUGGUCGAUCCUGAGGACGUAAGUGGAGUGUUGCUCUUUUCUAACACAACCCACAGAACUUGAUUACUUUUUUCGCAAGAGUUGUUUUGUUAAACUCUUUUUGUUCCUAACUCUUGUUUUCAGGUAAUGCUGCAACGAUAUGUGAGAUCGAUGAAAGCAAUCAAGAAGAACCCCGAUUGGCACGAUCUCGGCUGGGCCUGGGGCAAGUAAAUAGACUAGUCCAUCGGCUCCACUCCGCUCCGUUCUCCCGACUCCGGCUUCUGUUCCAAAUAUUUUUUUGUUUUCCGAUGAAGAGUGCGCUUUUUGACUAUAGUAAACAGUUCUUGACAUCUUUGACGUUACGCUCCGUUCCGGAAAAAGUUGUGUUCGGUCUCAGACUGAUUCGAAUGACGUCAUUGAGUUGGCUGAUAAUGCCCGAUGGUGGGUGGAGGGGGCCCUGCAGGAGAGCAUAACCGGUUUCUCUUUUUUUGGCCAUUCACAGUUUCAGCAAUCAGUUGAGCAGAAAGGGUACGUGCGAGAAGAUGAUCAGUGUCUUGGUGGUGUUCUUGUUGUCUAUGAAUCCCUCCGAAGCCAUCUUCUGGGAUCUCCUGGGUCUUGGCGGAGGAGGAGGAUGUUGUGGAGGAUACGGCCAAGGAGGAUAUGGAGGAGAUCCUUUUGGACAAGCAUUCCAAGGGAUCCAACAAGAUUACGGAGUUCAGCAGGGAUAUGGAUUGCAGCAAGGAUACGGAGUACGGCAGCCAGUGGUCAGUUACAGAAUCCCUUCGUAUGUCUCCAGACCAGCAGCAAGACGUAAGUAUUUACAGUCAUACUUCUGAACGUCGGCAUUGUUUACCAAAAGAUGUUUUCCAGCUGUCACUUACAUCAUCCGAAAAAAGUAUUACCGUCCAGUCAUUGAGCGCACCACAGUUGAAGUAGCUCAGGAGAAAUAUUCGCAGCCAUCUGUUUCCGCUUACAACGAGGGCCCCGUAGCCUCCGCGUCGUCAUCUUCCUACAACCAGGCAACAGUUUCCUCAUCCUAUAAUGCAGGUGCUGGUGCGGGCGCAAGUUACACUCAGUCUGAGAUAGCUCCUGCCGUGGCUGAAACUGCCGAAGAAGUCCCAGUAAGUACCUAGAUACAAGAUGAAUACAUCUAAGUUCUUAUCAUAAUGAUAAGUUAACCUUUUAGGCGACGUACAGUAACACAGCGCCACAAUCAACCUCUUAUAAUGCCGCCUCUUCCGCUACAUCGUAUAGGAAGAUAAUCAGAAGUUGA